UCCCAGGCGCAGAGGCAAACCGGCACGAUCUGAACAACAUUCAUCUAAAUGCCAUCUUGGGCGCUAGGUGUUACCUCAAACCCUCUGACCGGACACAAAGUCUUCACGGGAAACGGCUUCAGGAUCGUUACGCACAACUUUUACGCACAGCCGAGGCAGCUGCCCAUGAUCAGAUCUGGAUGCGCAGUGUUACCUGCAACGCAGACUACACAAAAACUUCUACUCACACAGGUGUGAGUAUGUUGAGAGCGAAAUCUGUAGGAAUAAAUGAAACGAUCUGUUCCAUAUUCUGCUGAAACAACCACGCGAACGAUGGGGAGUUGCCUGGAACAGCGAUCCUCGACGCGUGCCAAAACGAGCUUUCACCGGCUGAGCUGGAUGAUCUUACAGAUCGUCUUUGCAACUAUGACAACAGUACACACACAAGAUUUGAGCAGUAAAGAAGUAACUGACAGUAAGAGCCCAGUGCCUUUCCCUGUCUUCUUGCCAGUCAACUAUGAGGUGUGGGAUACCGACUACCUCUUCCUUAAGGAGGCUGGGCAGGACUUUAUGAGGAACUCCAGCAUGCAGAUUAACACGCAGCCCUUUGUUAUUUUAAGAGCCAACAGACAGCCAGUUGUCAAUGCCAGCUAUGGCUCUAUGUCCACAGAGAGGGCUGUGUCUUUGGAUCUUGUCCAGUCUGUACAGCUUUUUAAUAACCCAGAGGUCUUUACAUUCAACUGGAAAAUCCAGGCCUUCAUACUGACGCCUCGGGUUUUCUCCUCAAAGCCUAUAGUGCGGGUCCUCUUCUAUGUUGCAGGGAGGGAUUGGAACAGGGAGGUGGGAGCUGUGGAUGAACUACCAUGUGUGACUGUGUAUGCUUUCUGGCAAACCCAGGAAGUGAGGGGUUCCUGUGCCUUUGGAUGGGAAAGGGGAACCUGCAUGGCUGAGCUGGUCCCUGCGCUUGACUGGUUUGCUGCAGGGUCAGAGGGCACCAGCAGGGAGAGGCAGGACCAAUCUGCUGGGAACCCUGUGGAACUGUACUACCAGGCUCAACCUAGAGUCAAUGGAAAGUGUAAUUCUUUGGAUGGAAAUCGCUGGAGUGGCUCACCACAGCAAAUGGAGUAUGUUCCUGUCACUCCCAUGCAGAGGAUCGGAAGUGUGCGUCUUCUGCAGGUUCCUAAGGGAAUGGCCACGCUUUCUCGACUCAAGCUUGGCAAUGCCAUUAUCAUACGCACAUCCUCCAAACCUCUGAAAAAGACUGACAUCGCCACUUUCUACAUACUCAUGGCCAGCUCUGCUGAGCUGACUAACUUCACUCUCAGAGCCUCAGUAAAGAAAGGUGUGACCUUUCGAACAGCGACACCCAGUAACUCUUUACUAUGGGACAUCACUCUGGAUAUGGGUGCAGACGGAGCCAUUGCUGUUAUUUGUCAGAGAAAGGCCCCCAUCCCUGGAAAACGACUUGAAAGCAGCCUGCUGGAGGUACUGCAGAUGGACUUUGAGGUUGAGGAGCUGAGCAGUCCUCUUGACAGCCAAGUAAUCAUAUGGAAGCUGGAGCUGCCGUCUGCAUCCAAAACUGUGGCCAAAACCGAAGGGGCCAUGAGGAUUUAUACAACUCAGAGAGACUUUGUUGGCCUGGCUCCUCUCGUAAUGGAUACAGAGAUCCUGAACACAGCUGUGCUGACUGGAAAGAAGGUCGUGAUGCCUGUGAGGACAGUAGCGGUGGAGGAAGAUGGAGUGGUCACAGAUGUAUCUGAAUACACAGACUGUAGCACCACUGAUGAAGAUGUUCUCAAGGUGUCAGACAGGUGUGACUAUGUGUUUGUUAACGGCAAGGAGACCAAAGGCAAGGUGAAGAUGAUAGUAAAUUUUACCUACAGCUACCUGAGUGCUCAGCUUGAACUCAACGUGUGGAUGCCGCGGCUACCCCUACAGAUUGAGUUGUCAGAUUCAGAGCUUAGCCAGAUCAAAAGCUGGAGAGUACCCAUCCAGACCUCAAAAAGAUCUGCUUGGAACAAUGAUGAAGCUGAGCGUAAGGGGAAAGGCUGCAUGCUGCAGCUUCAGCACGCCCUUGUGAGAGUGCUAACUUAUUUUGUGGCAGAGCAGGAGGAUCCACGAGAUCCGACAGCCUAUUUCCUGGGCUCUGAUUGGCAGGUGGAUGUCACAAGGUUGGUUCGAUACUUCAUGAAGGUGGAGAACCCUCAGGUUGCAAGGCUACAGGAAGGAAGGGUGCUUUCAGGCAGAGACCUUGGGACCACAACUAUUCAGGUGUUUUCGCCACUGUCUGAUGCCAUCCUAGCUAAAACAACUGUCACGGUUGUGGAUGACAAAGUGAGCAUCACAGAGUUGGGGGUCCAGGUGGUUACAGGCCUCUCGAUGACUUUGCAACGUAGUCCAGGAAGCAACAGGGCCAUCUUGGCGACCACUACCACACAAGAGGUUCUACAUACCCCCAAACAGGAAGCUUUGGUCAGUGCCUGGGUACAGUUCAGUGAUGGCACCCAGACACCUCUUGACAUCUAUGAUCCAGCCUUCUACCGUCUGACAACAACAUCGCUAGAUCAGGGUGUGGUGUCAGUCCAAGAUAACCCUCCAGUUGUGGUGGCAGAAGGAGAGGGUGAGGGAGUCCUGGUUAGAGUAGAGAUGUCCAUCUGUGAGGACUGCCAGAAGUCUAAACGUAAAAGUACUGUGGCUGUGGGGAAUGGCAGCCUUAAAGUCAAGUUUCAAGUGAACACUAGGCGGCCUGGCAGUAAUACCCGCAGUCUUGACAGAAGCACAAUUGGCAACAAGGACAAUAGCAGUGACUAUGGGGAUGAUGGGAUGGAAGUGGACAGUGACAGGAAGCAGAAGAAGCCAUCUCAGGAUCCCCCAUCACGCAUAUCAAACUCCAAUAAAGAGGAGAGUGCAAUUCAGAAGAUCACAACUACCAUUAAAUCUACAGAAAGACCCUUCAUAACUAGUGGAAGUCUUGGAGGAGUGAGCAAGAUCAGUAAUUCAAGAAACGCUGGCAGCCCUACCAGUGUGGUGAACGUCAACUUAAUGAGCAGCCCCAAAGACAGCAGCAAAGGAUAUGGCUCGGACAAUAUGAUAGUAGAGGACAUGAGCAGUGUUAGAUUUACUAGUACCGUGAAAGCUCCUGGAAAUUUGGUAAACUUCAACAACUUCCCCACAAAGGUGCAAACCCCAGGGCAGGAUACAACAGAGGUAGAAAUUGGUGGUGAAGAAGCAUUGGCUAGCAGGCCUCUUACAGACUUAGAAAUUGGCAUGUACGCUCUGCUGGGUGUCUUUUGCCUGGCUAUCCUGGUGUUUCUAGUAAACUGCAUCUCAUAUGUCAUUAGAUUCAGACAUAAGAAGCCACCUUCUCAUGGCCAGGAGCCCACAGGGCACAGGCAUGACUGGGUAUGGCUCGGCACAGAUGCUGAGUUGGUGAUGACUGUUCCAGGCAGCCCGGUCCAGCAAGACUCCCAGACCACAACUACUGUAAUAGACAUUGGACCUGAUAAAACUGCCACUCUUUCCAGGAGGCCCAGUUGCCUGGCAUCUGUGACAGACUCCCCCCUGAGCUGCACAGGCUCACACAGGAACAAACCCAUGCAUAGCGACUCCAUCCACUCGCCCACCAGCAAGAGAAAGAGAGUCCAGUUCACUACAUUCUCCACACUGGAGCGCCAGCAUUCCCCACAUCUUCCACCCAGGGAGAACGGUCACGGUAUCCACUGGGUUGGGAAACAGGACAAUUGUGUGGAGGAACCUCAAGUGCCCAUCACAGAGCCUGGGGACCAGUUAUAACAGAGAACCUGAUCAGACCUCACAUGUACAGUAGAUGUGGCUUUGAUCACCUCAAUGCCUUUGUCAAGAAUAUGUGAUUUUUUGUAAUAGGCCCCCUGUCCACAUGUCAUUGCCUAUUAAGGCCUUUAACAUGUACAUGUACUGUAUAUUGUAUAUACUUAAUAUCAGCGCGUGGAUGUGUAUAAUAAUGUUUCAGAUGACUGACCAGAUCAAUUCUAAUAUACACAAUAUUUAAAGCCACAAAAUGUUAAUGCUGCAUGUGGUUAUCUUCAUUGUUGCAAUUUUGCACUCACAUGCCGGACUUGAGUACAAAGAAACACUCAAAAAGUAUUUCAAAUUGCAAAUACCAGGUAAAACACUGAACUUAAACAUUUUAACAUUAACCAGUUGUCUGGUUUUAAUUCAAA